CGACCUCCCAUCAUGGCUUCCAACGGUGUAAACGGCGCAUUCCACGACGACGAGGACAUUGACUACUCGGACAUCGAAGCAAAAUACCAGGUCGAAUACGAUGAGAGCUUCGACAACAUCCUGGUCGUCGAUGGCGUACCAGUCAUCGACAAGGCGAAGCUAGAGAAGCUCCUGCAGAAGAUCUCGAAAGACUUCUCGCGCAAGGGAUGCCCCAUAAAACCGGACAACAUCACCGUGCCGUGGAACGAUGCAGCAGGGAAGAGCAAAGGCUACCUGUUCAUGGAGUUCUCCAACGCGGACGAUGCCGCCCGUGCGCUCCUGACGAUGAACGGACACGCCUUCGACGCGAAGCACACCUUCCUGAUCAACCGCUUCACCGACUUUGAGCGCUACCUGAACGUGGAUGAGACCUACCACGAGCCCCCGUUGGAGGAGUACAAGCCGAAGGAACAUUUGCGUGCUUGGCUUGGCGAUGCACAAGGUCGUGACCAAUACGCGACCUACCGCGGAGACGAUGUCGAGGUUCACUGGCACGGGAAGCCGUCGCAGUGCGAGGUUGCCUACAGCAAACCUAACUGGACGGAUCUCUACGUCUCAUGGUCCCCCAUGGGCACGUUCAUGGCGACACUGCACCGUCAAGGUGUGCGUCUCUGGGGCGGCACCUCGUGGGAGCCGCAGCAGCGGUUCGCACACCCGCUUGUGAAGCUCAUCGACUUCUCGCCGAACGAGCAGUACGUCGUCACCUGGUCGUUCGACCCGAUCGUCGUGCGCGAGGGCGCCGAGCAGGGCCCGCAGUACUUCUCGCCCGAGGACGAGGGCAACAACAUCGCGGUGUGGGACAUCCGUACGGGCCACCUGCUCCGCACGUUCCCGAGCGCGUACGCGGAGGGCGGCGAGGAGAAGAAGCAGAUGCCGUGGCCUGCGCUCAAGUGGAGCCCGGACGACAAGUUCGUCGGGCGCGUCACGCCUGGGCAGCAGAUCAGCGUGUAUGAGCUGCCGGGCAUGCAUUUGCAGGGGAAGAAGAGCAUCAAGAUCGAGGGUGUUGUUGACUUUGAGUGGCGCCCGAUGGGCGACAAGGACCGCGAGGAUAUGGAGAAGGAGAUCAAGGCGGCGGCGAACGGCACCCCGAUCAAGCAGAAGAAGGCUUGGGAGAACAUGCUUGCGUACUGGACGCCCGAGGUCCAGAACCAGCCGGCUCGUGUUACGUUGUCGAGCUUCCCCAGCCGCGAGAUCUUGCGCCAGAAGAACUUGUUCAACGUCACGGAGUGCAAGCUCUACUGGCAAAACCAGGGCGACUUCCUUUGCGUGAAGGUCGACCGCCACACGAAAACGAAGAAGUCCAUCUUCUGCAACCUCGAGAUCUUCCGAGUGCGCGAAAAAGACUACCCCGUCGAGAUCGUUGAGCUCAAGGACACCGUCACCGACUUCUCCUGGGAACCCAAGGGCGAGCGGUUUGCGCUUGUAUCAAGCAGCGACCCCAACCUCGGCAACCCCGGUCCUGGUAUCACGAUCAAGACGGACGUCAGCUUCUACCAGCUGGACCGCACGAAGGGCGACUUCAAGCCGCUCAAGACGCUUCCCGCACGGACGAGCAACACCGUCCGCUGGUCGCCUCGUGGCCGUCAUGUCGUGCUCGCCACCGUCGGCUCGUCGAGCAAGUCCGAGCUCGAGUUCUGGGACCUUGACUUCACCGCAGACGAGACCCGCCGCGAGGGUGCUCCCUGGGGCACUGGCAUCCAGCACCUGGGCACCGCUGACCACUACGCGUUGACGGAUGCUGAGUGGGACCCCAGUGGCCGGUACCUUGCCACUAGUGCCAGCGCAUGGAGGCAUACGCUCGAGAACGGCUAUGCCAUCUGGGACUUCCGUGGCCAAGAGCUCGAGAAGCACAUCCUGGACCGCUUCAAACAGUUUUUGUGGCGCCCUCGCCCGCCGACCCUGCUCACCAAGGAGCAGCAGCGCCAGAUUCGGAGGAACCUCAAGGAGUACAGCCGUGUCUUCGACGAAGAGGAUGCCGCGGAGGAGAGCAACGUCAGCGCGGAGCUCAUCGCGCACCGGAAGCGCCUGGUGGACGAGUGGAACGCGUGGCGGCUGCGCUGCAAGGAGGAGGCGGCGGAGGAGCGGCGGAAGUCGGGGAAGAAGAGCGAGCCCGCAAAGGAGAAGGCCGUGGAGGAGGAGAAGGAGGAGAUCGAGCUCUGGAUCGACGAGGUUAUCGAGCAGAUCGAGGAGGAGAUCGUCGAGUAGGCGGAUGCGGUGCGGCUUGCUUGGUGUGUGGGCUUGAUUUUGUGCGCGUGAAUAGUUCUUCUUUCUAUGCAUGUUGUAUUCAUCGCGGC